AUGGAAAAAGAUGGUAAAUUUGGGGGCAAAGAUUUGCGGACAAUGUGGGGAGUUAAUGCUAAUGUACCAAAAUCUUUUUCUAGAUAUUUUAAUAGCUUUGACUUUGUUGCUAGCUUUUCAAGUAUUGAACAUUCUGGUUUGGGACGUUAUGAUGACCCUAUUGAUCCAAUUGGAGAUAUCAGGGAAAUGCAAAAAAUAAGUUGUAUUUUAAAGCCAGGAGGACUUUUCUUUCUUGGAAUUCCUGUUGGACUGGAUGAUGUUGGUGUUAAUUGUCAUAGAACCUAUGGAAGAAUUAGAUUACCAUUAAUGUUUGCAGGUCGUUGA